AUGAUGGACAAGGAGGCAAUUUUCGAGGCCUUACCAUUUAAUUCUGAUGGCGUAGCAAUGGUAAAAAGGGGUAGAAGGGGUGCUAAAGGCCCAGACGGACGCGGGGAGCAAGAAACUGCCAAGGAAGAGUCUGGAGCUCCGAAUGCCACUAAAGUCGAAUCUGGCCAGGAUCAAGAGGCUGCACCCAUUGAAGACGGCUAUCAGCUUAUAUGCGAGUCUGAGAAGGGCCCUGGCUACUGCGAGAGGGACAAUGAGGAGGGCGAAAAGAUUUCAUCGAGAUCCACGAUUUAUGACGAUAUGCUAAAGAUUUACGUGGACCGUUCCAGGAGUAUAACCUAUGAGGAGAACCCAAGCAGAGACCCAAUGGUCUGGUUUUCACUCUUUAUUCUGGCGUCUAAUCCCCUAGUCGCCAUUUACCUCCUCUACCAUUUCAACAAUUGGCAACCAUGGGCUGGUCGUUCGGCCUUUUCCGAUGGCUCUGUAAUUACCACUGUAUCUUCAGUUAUUUCUGGAGCAAAAUCUGAUGCUGCAGCUGAAGGGCUCUCUCUCUCGACAAAGUUCCCGCUCAAGGGGCUUGCCACUAGUUGGUUGGCGCUUUCCGGCGGAGCAUCUGCAGUCGCAGCUCCUGCUUCCAUUGUAAGAAUCGCAAGUUCGUUUGCGAGACUUGUGCAGGAGUACGCGUUUUUCGAAGUUUUUGGAGAAAUUGGCUUUGCGCUCUUCAGUCUCGUCCUCAUUAUACUUUGCAGAUUGCCGUGCAGCGAUAAGAAAUAUCGUAUCCAGUCGGUUCUCCCAUGCAUUGCCAUGCUCUACAUGGUGAUUUACAAGAUUCUGGCUCUCUACGUUCUAACCACCGGGAUUCGUCUACUUCUUUUUUACUUGUUUAUCGUGGCUCUUCCGGAACUCCCUAUUCCCCAAUUUGCCACUCAGAUUUUGGCCAUAUCUAUAGGCGGGGACGAUGCUAAAAUGUUUAGGGAGCUUUAUAAAAUGGACAUGGAGGGGCAUUUCUGGCUUAUGGUCUUUUGCGCUGAAAACAUUUACAUUACUGUGACAGAUACAAUUGAGCUAUUUUACACACUCUCAAGGAUGGCAUCCAGAGGUACGAGACGAUUGGUUGCAAAGCUAAAGAGACAGCAGGAAUCGCUAUACUAUACUCUUGCCCCCGGCGAUGCUACAGAGUAUACCGGUGCAUGCAGUAGCUGCUCCUACCUAUUAAUGGAAAACCCAGCAGAAUCUGACCCUCAUGAAAAGUAUAUUCAUAGCAUGUACAAUGAUAGGACCGACGUUGGCACCUACCUGAAGAAUAUCGACAUUAAAGAAUAUAGUCGGGGACUCGAGAAUUUUUCGGCAAAAAUUCUAAAACAGGGGCAGGAAUGA